CGUGCCCAUGGACACCCUCUCCAUCGCCACCACCUUCUUCUUCCCCCUCCUCCUCAUCCUCUUCCUCGUUCAACUCCGCCGCCGCGCCGCGCCAAACCUCCCGCUUCCGCCGGGCCCCUAUGGCUGGCCUCUCAUCGGCUCUCUCCCCCUCCUCCGCCCCUCCCCCAUGCCGCCCUCGCCGCCCUCGCCAAGCGCUACGGCCCCAUCAUGUACCUCAAGCUCGGCACCUGCGGCUUUGCCGUCGCCUCCUCCCCGGCCGUCGCCCGCGCGUUCCUCCACACCCUAGACAUCCCGUUCGCCGACCGCCCCCUCAACGCCGCCGCCCGCAACGUCGGCUACGACGGCCAAAACCUCGUCUUCGCCGGCUACGGCCCUCGCUGGAAGCUCCUCCGCAAACUCUCCAGCAUCCACCUCCUUGGCCCCGGCGCCAUCUCCCAGUGGGCCCCCGCCCGCCGGUCCGAGGUGGACCGGCUGGUCCGGUCCAUCCUCGACCUGAGCCUCCUCGGCGAGCCGGUCCGGGUCCAGGGGGCGGUGAUGCGGACGCUGGCUAACAUACUGGGGCUCGCGAUACUGAGCCGGCGGGUGUUCGACUCGGACGGGGCCGAGUCGAGCGAGUUCAAGGGGAUGGUCUUGGAGUUGAUGAGGCUGUCGGGGUUGGCCAACAUAGCGGACUUCAUACCGUCCAUUAAGUGGCUGGACGUGCAGGGGAUCGAGCGCCGCUUGAAGAGCCUGCACAAAAAGUUCGACGCGCUGAUGACUCGGAUGCUGAAGGAGCACGCCGAGUCCGCCGGCAAGCGGGAAGGGAGACAGGAUUUCAUGGACUAUCUCCUCGCCAAUCGCAAGACCUCCGACGGUGGAGUGAUGCUGUCAGAUGUCAACAUCAAGGGACUCAUUGUGGAUAUGUUUGUCGCGGGAACGGAUACAUCCUCGCUAACGGUGGAGUGGGCGUUCGCUGAAUUGUUAACGAACCCUUCAAUCCUCCAGCGUGCUCAGCGCGAGAUGGACGAAGUAAUCGGCAGAGAACGUAGGCUCCAAGAAUCCGACAUCCCAAAGCUCCCAUACCUUCAAGCAAUAUGCAAGGAAGUCCUUCGGAAGCACGCGACGACACCACUAAACCUCCCUCAUUUAGCCACCGAAGACUGCGAGAUUGAUGGUUACUACAUCCCUAAAGGAACAAGGCUUUUAGUUAAUAUAUGGGCUAUUGGAAGGGACCCUGAUGUAUGGGAGAACCCUCUCGAGUUUAAGCCUGAGAGGUUCUUAAGUGGUAAGGAUGCCAAUAUAGACGUGAAAGGCACUGACUUUGAGUUGAUACCUUUUGGAGCUGGCAGGAGGAUUUGUGCCGGUAAUCAUCUGGGGAUGCUAUUUGUGCAAUCCAUCUUGGGCACAUUGAUACACGCAUUUGAUUGGACGGUGCCUGAUGGAGAAGAGGUCGACAUGGAUGAGUCAGCUGGCCUUGUACUCCACAAACUUAACCCGGUUGCUGCUUUGGCUAGCCCACGUUUAACACCCAGUGCAUAUGUUUGAGAAAGGUACAGCGUACGUGGUAUCUGUAUUGUCAAGAUUAUAUGGUGACUGGCUUUGCAAAUUUGAAUUCCCAUAUGCAGCCUCAUAUAUAUGCGACAUAAGAGAGAUCUUGUGACACUGUUGGCUACUAUUAAUAUGAAAUGUUCAAUAAACAUGCAUAUGAGUUCUUAAUUUAUAUAAAUAUA